AAAUAGGCAGCUAUAAACACACAUUGUAAACAAAAACUAAUUUUAAUUACCAAAAUUUUGAUAUUUCUAAUUUUGACAGAUAAGAAUUUUUUAAAAUUAUUAUUAAUAUAUUUACAGCAAAACAUAGUUAGAAGAAGUUUUCUUUGUUGGUUUCAAGAUGAGUAAUUCUAUGUUCGUUAAAAGUGAAAGAAUUCAGAAAGCUGUUGCUUUAAUAAAUGGACUGGAACCGCCAAAAUUCCCAUUAUUGUUGAAUCGGAUACUCCAAAAAAUACACUCAAAGGAAGAAGUAUUUACUAAAGAAGAGUGCUCCAAAUUAGAAGUUUCACUGGCAGUUAAUCAAGAGCAACUUAAACUAAUAUUACAGACCCUCACGUUUAUUUUCCAACAGGCAGCAUAUCAUGUAGCUAAACCUGCGGUAUUGAGCCAAAAUUUGCAACAAAUAGAUUUAAAUGAAGAAAAGAUAUCAACCAUUGUUCAAACUUGGGUCACUCAUGCUAAAAAUGUUGUAGAAAAACUCAAGCAAAAAUCUAUUGCUCCAAAACAGCUAAGUGAUGUAAAUUGGGAGUUGAGAUUACAAAUGGCAAACUCUUCUAUGAGUAAAUUAAAAGUUCCAAUAGGUUUAAUGGAACUAACACUAGCUUCAAAUGAGGGAUCAGAAAAACUGCAAAUGGAAUUUUCACAUGAUGAAUUAUAUUCUUUCUAUAAUCAGCUUGAGGUUAUUCAAACUCAAUUAGAUGCCCUUAGAUGAAGAUGUAUUUUCUGCAUUUUGUAAAAUACUGUAUUACUAUUUUAUAUAUUAUGUACUAUCUUAAAUUAUAAUUCUAUUGUAUUUUAUAUUGUAAACUUUUUCAUAAAGAGAUGUUAAUGUACAUUAUUGGUGGUUGAUUAAAAAUUUGUAAUUAUAUUUUA